AUGGAUUUUGGGUACAAACCUAAUGACCAGUUCCUUGUGCCGCUUGUUCAAUGGACUACCUCGCUUCUAGAACAGAUGGACAAUCGAUAUCAAGCUUUAUGUCUCCUCAUCAGAAUUACAAAUGUAGGUUGGUGGAUAUGGAAGGCUUCUAAUGAAGCAAUCUUUGAACUAAAGGACCCAGAUCCAAGAGUUGUGGUCCACAAAGUAACUAGAUCGUGUACUGCUUAUCAAGCUCUACUUGAAGCAUCUCCGAUUCAAGAGGGGAUUAUCUCACUUGAAAAGCAACGUGGUCUCCGCCAGCACUUGACAAAUCGAAGUUCACAUGUGAUGGAGCGUACAACUCCUCCUCCUCUUUGGCUUCUGCGAGGAUUAGUGCUAGAAGGCAUAAGCUCGUCUAAUCGAUGUCUCCAUUCAGAAACAAUGUCGAUUUGUGAAAUGUGCUUGAUGGCGAUUUCAAUGAAAUCAUUUGAAGCAACUGUGGAGAGUGACAAUAGAGAAGUCGUUCAACUAAGUGUUUUGGAGUCUAUGCCACCAUGGGAAAUUGCAGCCAUACCAGAUGAUAUUAGAGUCUUGAAAAGAAAAAUGCUUUUGUCCUUUAGUUUUAUUCCAAGGGCUUAA